AUGAGAUUCUCCGUGAUUGCCCCCGUGCUCCUCGCCGGCGUCGCCCAGGCCUGGCGGCCCGAGGACCGCGACCUCGCCGCGUUCAACAUGAUUGCCCGCUUUGAGCAGCUCGGAAAGCGCUUCAAGCCGAGCCUGCCCAACGGCAUCAACAAGAUCCGCGGUGUCAACUUUGGUGCGCUGGAUGACGAGUGGGACAAUGUCAUGGGCUGCGCCGGCUCCGCGUCCGAGUUUGACUGCAUGAAGGACCACUACUCGGGCGGCAACCGCGACGAGGGCAACCGGCGGUUCGAGAACCACUGGCGCGACUGGAUCAACGCGGACACGGUGCAGUCGGUGCACGACGUCGGCCUCAACACGAUCCGCAUCCCCAUCGGCUACUGGUCGUACGUCGACAUUGUGGACAAGGGCAGCGAGCCCUUUGCCGACGGCAACCGCAUGCUGCCGUACCUCGACCGGGUGGUGUCCAAGGCGGCCGACCUCGGCAUCUACGUCAUCAUGGACUUCCACGGCGCGCCCGGCGGCCAGCAGGAGGACGUCUUCACCGGCCAGAACAACCGCCCGGCCGGCUUCUUCAACGACUACAACUUUGGCCGCGCCGAGCGGUGGAUGUCGUGGAUGGCGCGCCGCAUCCACACCAACGCCGCCUACCGCACCGUCGGCAUGAUCGAGGUCCUCAACGAGCCCGUCUCCCGCCACGACGCCAACGGCCGCUACCCCGCGCCCGGCGAGGUGCCCGGCCUCGUCCAGACGUACUACCCCGCCGCCCUCAAGGCCGUCCGCGACGUCGAGGCCCAGCUCGGCGUCCCCGACGACAAGAAGCUCCACGUGCAGUACAUGUCGGCCAAGUGGGAUGCCGGCAGCGCCCGCGACGCCGUCGCCGUCGCGAGCGACCCCCGCGUCGGCUUCGACGACCACAACUACAUCAGCUUCGGCUUACCGGACAGCCAGCGCGGCGACCAGUACCAGCUCAUGCACCGCGCCUGCACCGACUCGCGCGUCGUCGGCGGCGAGAACUUUGAUAUCACGGGCGAGUGGAGCAUGACGUCCAACGUGGACUGGCACAACGCCGACUUCUUCAAGAAGUGGUUCACCGCACAGCAGCAGCUGUAUGAGAAGCCGGGCAUGUCUGGAUGGGUCUUUUGGACCUGGAAGACGGAGCUCAAUGACCCUCGCUGGACCUAUUCGUAUGCGACGUCCCUCAAGUACGUGCCCACGGAUGCGGCGAGCUUGGAGCACAAUGUCUACCAGGAUGUCUGCUCUGGCUUUACCUAA